AACUCCUAGAAGUUCCCAACUGGAGGUUUCCAUUAGCAGUUGGUCCUGGGCUGGCCUGCCAUGACUUCUCCCUGAGUCGGGGUCCCUCUCAGGAUGGCAGCCCAGGCUCGGACCCCACGGUCAAGGUCACGAAUCUUGGGCUGCUCCUCUGUGUUCCGCUUUCUCCGAAACCUGGUGGGGAGCAAGAGUGUUUCUAACAAGUCCCUGACCAGGAGCCGCCGGCCCAGCCCCACCCAGGAGCAGGAUGGUGUCCCCCCAAGGGUGGGCCGCAAGGGAGGCCGUGGGAGGAGGGAGCCACAGCUAAAGGCCGCGGUCCCCAAGGUCCUCUCUGCGGCCCCCUCAAACCUGCCGCCGCAUGACGCCUUCGGGCUGGGCACCGGGGACAUGGGAUCCCAGACUCUCACCUCCAAGGACGCCCUGAAGCUGAGGGCCCAGGGUGUAGAGGCGUCAUCAGUCCCGGCCAGAGAAACCACGGAGGCUCUGGGCCACCUGUCUGAGAAGAAAGGAAAGGAGGAAGAGCCAGCAGGGGCGGCCUCAGGGGCCUCAGACAGGGAACACUUCGCCCAGGCCCUGGAGGCGGAACACGGGUCCCUGCAGUGGGUCCCAGGACCACUGGCACUCACGCCUGCGGCCUGCGUCAAAGAGGAAGAGGAGGGGCACUGCCUAGUUGAGAUUGGAGACCUCCGGGUGGCCUCUUGCAAGGCAGAGUCCACGCCGUGGAACUAUCUCCUCGGCUUGUACAAGCACCUGCAAAAGUCGGCCAUGACCAAGGUUCAGACACCAGGUGUACCUCAGUUUCCCCUCAAGGAUGGCUUGCCCCAGGAGGAGAAAGGGGAGAGGGAAGAAGCAGAGGAGGACAGCCACCUCAAGUUGUGUGCCCCACAUGUCGCCACCUUCCAGUGUCCGCUGCAGAAGACUUUUAGGUCCACAGACACAGUGGGCUUCGUGGAGUCGGAGCUGAAGAAGAUUCUGGCAGUGAGAAGAGAGUCUCGCCUCUGGAAGGUGGGCAGCCCGGAAGGCCGGGAGUUACUGACCCAGCCGGACAUCACGCUGGAGGAGGCGGGCAUGGUGGACGGCCAGCACCUGCUCCUGGAGGAGAUGGACGAGAUGGGGAACUGGCCUCCUCCAGAGUGAGGCCUCCGGCAGGAGCCCACUGUACCCACACCCCUGGGGCCCCAGUCCAACAUGUGCCUCUUCUUGGGACACAUCCAAGGAGUCCCUGGGCUUUGGGAUGAGUAGCAUCCUAUGUGUGUGUGGUGGGCCUGCCCAGCAAUGUCCCUGCACAUCAGAUUCCGAUAGAUGAUGUUAUUAAUAAAAACUUAAUUUAACAUUA